GCAGAGCAGACGACACGUGUAAUCCACCACGUUCCCAAAACGGACCAAUCAGAGAUCGCCUUUGCGAAACCAGACAUCUGAUUGGUCAAUUUUUCGGAUAUAUAUCCAAUGGCACGGGCCUUUGGUGAAGAAGUACGGGGGAAGUGACUACAACUGGGACGCAGAAUGUACACUGUGAGCAGAGGCCCAAGCAAACUGGCAGCUCAACGCCGACGGGGUCCGACGCAAAACCUUGAGAAAGUGAGUCCUACAUCGCCUACCUUCAAGGACGAAAAUUGGAACGCCAUCAAAAUGAGUUCUCCAAGGCCAGUCUUCACUCCGGUGAAUGGGAAGAAGAAAGAGAGAACAGUCUCACCAGUUCACCAACAGGACCAGACCCCAGAACACCAGUAUAACGUCAGAUACUUGUAUGACAUUUGGAGAAGAGUCGAGCGGGAGGAACAGGAGGACAGGGAUAAAAAUCAUGGCACCAAAUAUUAUGUAGAGUCAGAGAAACCCAAUCCUGCACUAGAAAAUUUUGUUCCAUUCGACUUGGAACAGUUUUGGGCCAACAAGUUCUUACAAAGUGUGAAAGAGUCAUCCUGAUAACUGUAUAGUGUGUGUUUGGUAGCAGUCUUCUCCCAUGUGUACUGUUCUGCCACGAAAAUAAUGUGUACUUGUCUCAAAGUGUACUACUUCAUUUUGUCUUGUACAAAGAGAAAAGAAAAAAGUUUAAAAACAUAGACAAGCAAUACCUAGAAUUUUAUGUUCAAUGUUGUCUGGAUACCUAUAAGGUGUUGUAUUGUAGACAAUAUUUGUUAUUUCAUGAAUAGCAGUUA